CGGUGCUCUCUCGCCGACGAGAGCUCGUUAGUGCGGGCACGAGCGAGCGUAGCUACGAAAGAAGACGAGUGGUAAGUGUCCGGGCACUGUUAUUCGCGCGACGCUCGUAUUGGGAAGUCUCUCGGAGUUGCGCGUAGUUUUUCUCGCGAGUCUUUUAUAAACGGGAGAGAAAAGUAAUAAGAGGAAGAGGAAAGAAAGAAAGGAAGGAAGGAAGGAAGAGGGAGAGACAAAUCGAAACGGUAAGCUCUCCUUCGCGGCGCGAGAUCGAUAAACGCGAGGACGUUACCGGAAGCGAGACCCUCCGGCGCUGCUUUUUCAGCAAGGGGAAUAACGUUUUGCGAUUCUUCGGCACUUGCUGAGCAGUACCUAUCGUUAUAUUAUUCAAUUGCGCCGAGAUAAAAGAAAAGGAAUAAAGAAAAGAAAAGAAAAGAAAAGGGAAAGAGGAGGGAAGUCGGAGGGUUGAAGAAGAGGGAUGGAGGUCGACGAGUAGGCGUCCGAUCGAGCGGAAGCCUCCCUCCUGCCGUAGGCGCGAGGGAUGCGGAGAAGGCCGCCGUCGGCGGCGGCGAGUACGCGCCGCCGCGAUGCUACCGCGCGAGGAGAAGAGAAGGAGAGUGCUCAUCGCGGCUGCUGUCUCCUGCGAGAACGUCCGAGGAUGUCGUCUUCUCUUCUCCGCUUCGUACAAUCGGCGAUGGAGCCCCUUCAAGAAGGAGUCUGUCUUAGCUAGAACGUAGUAGAGCCGAGUUCACGGCGACUUGACGAAUAAUCGCGGUAAGGUGCGCGACCAUGAAGGAACACGGGAGUAAGCAUUCGGCGGAAGCGCCUACGAAGACCCUCAAGUCUUUACUAAAGAAGCCCGGCCAGACGAAGGGCAAAACUCGGAAGAAUCGCGUGGUCAUUAAUGAGAAACUUAACGAGUUUUUUGCCGCGGAUUAUAUUAUACUUAUAAAGGAAGAGUGUUGCGCCGAGUACGAGGAAGAUUGCGACUGUUGUUGUCAGGAGCACGAACUUAUACGAUUGGGCAAUUGCAAGGAGUGCCGGGCGGAAUUGAAUCUCCACUUUGGCGUCACGGACGAUGGCCGUUACGGUGGCGCCGAUGGGGAGGUCGACGAGGAAGAGGACGAAGAAGAGGACGAGGAGGAAGAUGCGGUCGACGAGGAAGAGGAGGACGACGAGGAAGACGUUGUUGACGCUGUAGCGGCCGUCAACGCUGCUGUCAAUGCCGCUGUUAACGUCAACGUUUCUAUCAAUACGAACGAUGUCGAAAAUCUGCAACAGCAACAUCCGCGGACCGUCGAGGUUCGUAAGAAGGACGAAGCCGAAGCGAUAGCUGGCGAACUCGAACCCGAUACCGUCGAGCAUAAAGCCGAACUCGAAGCCGAACGCGAGCCGAAAGAGUCGGCUGAUCGGCAGGAAGUGCCGACGAUCGUUCCCGACGAUCGCACCGACUCGACCGUUCGCGGAGAAGGAGCCGAGCGUCAGCAGGAGACUCUCAGUCCUCCAGAAGGCUACAAGGACGUUUGCGUGGAAGGUGCCGCGAUUUUGGAGGACGCUGAUCAUCCACCUCGACUUUUGCCACCGCCAACCUGCAGCGACUGUGAUUAUUAUCACCGAAAGAAGACUGGUGCCCAAGAGCAAAUUAAGGUCAAUGGGGCCGAUGCCGAGCGCGAGGACGCUAUCGUUGAGAAUUUUAAAGAAGCAAACAAUCAAGUUCGAUCCUCUACGCCUAAUGAUUUGCAUCAUCGAUAUCUCGUUGAGACGAUAACGAUGACGACGGUUACGGAACGACGAAUAAUCCGAGAGAUCAGCGAAAACGAGAGAAAACUUUGUCUCGAUGAACUCGAUCUGGAACAAGAAAGACCACCAAGCGAAAUUCCAAAAUUGGAUGGACUUCCAACGGACUCUUCGACUAUUACGACGAAUAAAGUCGAAAAUCUUUCGUCGAAUGUUUGUCGCGAAUGUGGCAAUGCGGAAACGAACGCGGAAAUGGUCGAGGACAACGAGAAAACGGAAAGUAUCGUUGGCAGUAAUAAUAAAAAUGAAAACGAGGAACGAACGAUAGGUGAAGAUGACAGUAACGAAUCGAAGGAAACUCUUCAAGAUGUUACGGAGCUAUCAUUGACGUUUAAACUUGGUAACUUGGCCACCAAUAGCUUAAAACCAAACUCAGCUGUGAGACAACUCUUUCCCAAUCCGAGAUUCAUUUCACCACCACCUGCACCUCUGAACAAAUCCGUCUCAUUGGCCGAUUCUGAGAGUACUUAUUCCGAAGCUCAAAAGUUUCUCAUCACCGCUGAGAAUUUACGGCUGUUCGAUACAACGAAGAGAUCGGCGAAAACGACUACGCGUAGCGAGUCUUGUGAAAGCGAACCGAGUACGAUAAAGAGGACGAUAGAGAGGAACACGUUGAGAAGGAGUUUGAUUGGCAAGUGCAAUGCUACUACGAGAAAGAAGAAUCUCAGAUCGAAGGAUUUGUCUUUAGAGGAACGAAUCAGACAACUGACUUGUGUUGAUCAGGACGAGGAUGUUAUCGAAGAGUCUUCGAAAGGUACAGAACUCGUUCUAGAUCAGGAUAAUGAGAGGUUGGAAUUCUCCGUGCGAACUUCACCAUCUGGGGAGGAGCAACCAGCGAUCGAACGAUUUUCUCAAAAGGUUGCUACGUUAACUACAAUGACAACGUUACCGAUGACAACGUUGACGACGACGAUGAUGCCGAUGGUGACGAACGUAGCGACCACAUCAACGCCAACGACGUUGCCGGCGACAAUGGCAAAUGUUCAUAAUACGAAAAAUACCCCAUUGAUGGAUACCACGCCAAAUCAAUCGACUUACAGAAAGAUUACCGAUCUUUUCGCGUACAAGAAAAAUACCGAGCCAAAUUUACCGGAUCUUGGUAUAGGUAAUAACGGUAGAGGUACUUUGGUGAAAGAAUGUCAGUCGAAGAACUCUCUAACGAAGAUGAAUUCCGAAGUGAGAAGACAGUUUUUAGCUAGUCUCGCUCCACUCUCUUGCGUCACCGUAAAUAACGCGGACACUCGUGAGGAUUAUUACAGAAUCGAGCCAAGAAUCGCGACGAAUGUAAAUAGCAACUCGAUAAAUCACCUGUCCGAUUCAGCCUACAGCUUGGAAGAUAUCGAGACGGCACUGAACAGAAAUCGUGCUAGUGCACCUGAUGUUACGAGAGGUACACCGGUCGGUAAUAGGCCAGAUAUAGGCGAGAACUCUGCCGACGAAUUGCUUGCUUUCGUGGAACAGGAUAAAUCCAGGAUGGAACGAAUAAAGCGACGUUAUAGCGAAAAUGAGGAACGUCAUAGUCUCGUUAAUGGUGUUUUGGGAGAUGAAAAGAUGACGAGUAGUACGACCAGUAACAACGAACAGGGUCAUGAGGAAGGCCAUGGCGAAGAAGACGACCAGGAUGACGAACUCAACGACUAUGGUUUUAACAGGCGUCCACCGGUUCGAGGUAUCAAACCUCUGUUUGGUACUACCAAUGAGAUCGUCCAUCAGCUCCGUUCACGAAACGUAGUCACCAAUGACUUCAGUGAUGUGAGAGAGACAUUUGCUACAGCAUGGCCGUUGCACUAUGACAAGAACGGUGACAGAAUCGAUGGUAAAAAUCUAUUGACGAUGGACAGCAUGCCGACGAGUGUGUACGAUACGAUGCCGAAGGAAGACACAAACACGAUCGAUCGAAUAAACAGUAUGCAAAAACAAAUCGACGACAUUUAUCAGACUAUUGUGGAGACCGCGGUGACUCAAGGCAAUCUUGAUCGUGUGACUUAUUUAGAAAAUACGUUACCACGUCCAUUGGUCAGAAUACCGCCGACCGAUGGUAUCUCACAUCAGUAUCCCGAACAGAAGAACGGUCAGACUUAUUUCGUGGAGAAGCAUCAGCCGACGAACGUUCGUAUGUUGCGUAUCGCGGGUGGCGGCGAUGAAACAGCACCGGCUACUAAUUAUACAUCGACUCUACCAGCUAAAAUUCGUCGAUAUCCAUCAACGACGAUUCCGAAUUAUCACUGCAACGUAGUUUCCCCAACUGCGGCAUCCAGCAGCGGUGGUACUAAGUGCUAUCGCACGAUGUAUUUCGUGCCAUACAACGGUCUCUCGGAUCCGACAUAUCAGAACAUUCAACGCAUCUUACCACCCCAUUCGUCGCCUAAUUACGCGACCCACAUCGAGCGUUAUCCUUAUCCUCGGCAGACGAAGAUUGAUAGCCCGCAGCAACAACCGCAACAGCAGCAGCAGCAACCACAACAGCAACAGCAACCACAGCAACAUCAGCAGAGGUACUACCCACGUCCCUUGGCGCCAAAUACCUAUUUAGCAUCUCAACCACUUCCUGAUUCCACUCCACCCAAUUGUCUUCCUUCCCAAGCACCUCAACAGACACUCCAGUUGCACCUACAUCACCUAUCGUCCGUUCCUCACGCCGCUGUUCAUCCUAUCCAAUUCCAACAUCGACAACAUCAUCAUCAAAUCGCAUCAUAUCACCUACAAUCGGUAUUACCACCACCACCACCACCUCCAUCAUCUUAUACGGUGAUCGCACCACCUAGAUGCGCCUCCACGGCUACAGCCGCUCAUUCAACCAACCCAGCCUAUCAUCUCUAUCAAAUACCACUUGGUCGAACAUCCGCUACCGUUGCUACGGCCGCUGCAGCAGCUGCAGCUGCGGCCGCAGCAGCAGCAGCUGCGAAUGCCACUGACGUACAGACUCAAACCGUCUCGGCGUCCUCCUCAACUCCUCAACCCGUUACUUCCUUUAAACCCAUCUGCGAUGUACGUCUCUCCGCGAGUUUUUCUGUUAAUGAUCAACAAGGAAACGUUAAUAUCGGUGGGCCUCUUUCGGCAUCCUCCUCGUCUUCUUCCUCGGCAUUAUCUUCGCCUACAAAACAGCAGCAGCAGCAGCAGCAACAACAACAACAACAACCACCACAACCACCACCACAACAACAACAACAACAACAACAACAAUUAGUGAAUAACUCGUGUAGCGUCGCGGAACGCGGUGUACCGGAAGGUGCAGCUAGUGCACCCUCUCACGAUUUUUCUCAACCACCACAACAAUCUCAGCAUCAUCAACCCACUCCUCCAACUCCUGCUCUCUCUCAAUCGACGACCACCUCGAUGUCCCACUUACUCCUCGUGUCAAACUCUUACGGCGGGCAUCGUGCCAAUACCCUAAACCCGCCUACCGACUCUCAAAACUCCGUGUAUUACGCGAUGAACGUUUAAAGGGCCAAUGUACGCUUUUGACCAACUUCACGGCUGGACUGGAGACUUGAUCCCUUUUAGUCAGUGACGGAGAAACACACACACCCACUCAUAUACACGUAUACAAACGUACACUUAUACAUAUGAAAAGGGACAUAUAAAGGGAAGAAGAGGGAUGCAGGCGAAAUUAGCUCGCAUCGACGAUUCCUUUUCUUUGAUGUGGUGGAAAGUGACGACAGGUAUGUAGAAAAAAAGAAAAAGAAAAAUAGAGAGAGAGAGAGAGAGAGAGAGAGAGAGAGAGAGAGUGUGUGUGAAUGAGAAGGACACGAGAUUAUCGUGCGGGGAAAGCAGGGCGGCGGCCUCUUUCCGUGCUCGUAAACGAACGACAGACUUGAUUGUUGAAAGGCGAUACGACUCGUUGAUUCUCUUCUACGCGAUGACGAAUACGACGAUGUCGAUGACGAUGGAAGCUGAGAACUCGAGUACCAUCGCAUUCUCCUCCUUUUUCUAUAGUCUUCGUAUCUUCGCUUUGUAUUUCAUACAUUCGUAAUAGAAGGGCAAGGUGACGGCAAAAUUACGCGAUCUCUUUGAUGAGAUCUUUAUGAAAAAUAGGCAAGAUUCAGUCUAUGUGUCGUCAAUUAUAUAUUACAAAUAUUUUGAUUAUAUAUACGUUGCCAUACUCUUGUUCUUAUGAACAUCUCGAUGUUAAUGCAUUAUUAAUACUAUAUUAAACUUCUUAUCUAAUCGUGUCUAUCAUUUGUUUCUCGUCAUUAUCAAAUUUACAAGUUUAAUGAAGAAAGCAAAAAAAAAAAAACAAUAUUCUUCUAACUUACACUUAACUCGAAGAGUUAGUUUACUUAUUCUAUUUUAUAACUCCUUCGAGUAAAGAAUUUACUUCCUUGUUUUCUUCUUUUAUGUUUAUUUUAAGUAUUUUAUAUAAUAUUUUAUAAUCGUACUAUUAAUUACAUAGCAGCUGUGUCAUAGUUAUUUUUUAUAAAGUCAGUAAUGUAUUAAUAAUCACGCUGUGAGAUAAUAUAUUUAUGUAUGUACGAGGAAAAGGACGAAGAUGAGAAGAAGGAGGAGAAGCAGGGAACGGGAUGAAGGCGACGUGGACAGACGACGAUAUCGAUCUUUUUAAAAGAACAGACGUGGGAGGAUGCUUUCUAUCGUUACCGCGAACGUAGCGAAAAUAGUUCGUCGACGUAAAGUGGAUAGAAGAACUUGUAAAGUUACCGCGUUAUUGAUUCAGCCAAAGAUACGGUACCAUGUUAAAUAUAUACAUACAUAUAUAUAUAUAUACAUAUAUAUGUAUAUUUAAUAUAUAUAUAUAUAUAUAUAUAUAUAUAUAUAUAUAUAAGUAUGUAUAACGGUUGCGACUUUAGAGACAUUUUUCGUAACGAUCAUUGUAAAUGGCCAAAUACCUACAUGUAAUAUCACCGAUAUAUUUGUAAGUAGUUAUCGUUGUGAAUGUGUUGGACGAGAAACCCUUUACUUUUACGUGCUCCUAGCGAUUGCAUAGUUUUGCGAAUAGUUCGAGUUAGAUGCGUACUUUGUUCUCGUUGUCUAUUAUUCGCUACAUUACCACAAUAAUGGUCAACUUCGUUUCGCUUGUUUCGUAACUAUUUAGAUAUUAUGUAUAAUAUCAUACGCCGUUUCGACAUUCCCGUAUGUAUUUAUGUGUUUGAACUUAUGAAAUCAACUAAGUAAUACGUGUUCUGAAAAACAGAAAUCAAGAAAUUUGUCAACGUGGCUGGUUAAUCGUUCGCUUAUCGUUUUGUUUCUCGGAUUAGUUUCGAAAAAAAAUGUAAAAAAGAGUUACAGGGAAAGAGAAAGAGAGAGAGAGAGAGAAAGAGAUAGAAAAAUGGUUACAAAGUAAUUACCAUGGAUAACCACGCUGAUAAAUCUUUUGAUACAGAUACUCUGCUAUCCAUAUCCAGCAGGUUCUGUUUCCGUUCGACUUUGUUAACGAGAUAUAUAUGUAUAUGUAUAUAUUUCAAACACGUAUAAUUACUUUUUGGUCAUAUCGACGAUAUAUUUCGUAUAUUCGUAUUUCGAGAAUUUGUGAUCGGUGUAAACGAGUUACAUAAUUAUUCAUGGACUUCGAAUGGGAAACCAUAAAAAAAAAGACGUAAAUUGGCUGUGCCCUUUUCUAUAUAAUCGUUUUUUUUUUUUCUUUUUUUUCCCCUUUUUUUCUACGCAUCCGUACAAGUUUGCGUACUUUUCCAAAGAUUUUAUUCUUCUUUAAAGUUUUAUGUUAUAAUGUAUAAGAAGCUACAAACUCUAAUA